AGAUAUAAUAGCACCAAGCCCUCACCUAAAGUGCCGGUUCAUGAAUAAAGCCGUAUCAUUGACUACAUACGAGUGGGGGCGAAAGAGAGCGCGCGUAACCCAGGUCCUCAGUGCGAAGUGAGAGGCGCGCGCGUCGAACGUACGACCGACUGGCCUCCUCACACGCAAACUCGCGAAAACCAACUCUAAAACAUAAACAUAAAGUGCAUAUUCGAGUGUUGUGUGCAGUGAAUUUCUAGUGAAAUGAGUGAAGAAAACGCAAUGGGAGACGAUUUGAAAAGACAGGCGGCGAUGUUCUAUAAUACUACGGAAAGAGAGCGAUCACAAGAGCACCAGGCGACAUGGUGUUUCUGGCGUCGGCGGAGGCUCAUCGUGGCUCUGCUGGCGUUCUUCGGCUUUUUCAAUGUCUACGCGUUACGUGUCAACUUGUCCGUCGCCGUGGUCGCCAUGACGGAACCAGUAGAGACGAAGCUAGAAAACGGAACUGUUGUGUUUAUACCAGAGUUCGACUGGAGCUCCCAGACUAAGGGUCUGGUGCUGUCUUCGUUCUUCUACGGGUACCUGGUGACACAGCUGCCAGGCGGUUGGCUCGCGGCUAAAAUAGGAGGUAACAGAAUGUUUGCCAUUGGGAUAGGGGCGACGUCCCUACUAACAUUGUUCACUCCACCCCUGGCUCACACCAGCACCUCUCUGCUUAUCGCCGUUAGGGUAGUCGAAGGACUUUUUGAGGGUGUGACCUACCCCUGCAUCCACGCAGUAUGGUCCCGCUGGGCGCCAAGCGAGGAGCGAGCGCGACUAGCAACGUUCGCCUUCAGCGGGAGCUACGCCGGCACCGUGGUGUCCAUGCCGAUAUGUUCACUACUGGCACACUAUACGGGCUGGCCUGGCAUAUUCUACGUGUUCGGUAUAAUGGGACUGGUGUGGACAACAGUUUGGUGGCUAGUGGUCAAAGAGUCACCAGAAAAGGACCCCCGGAUAUCGCCAGCGGAAUUAAAAUACAUACAGGACUCGAGAGGUACGCAAGCUAUCGAAGGGUCCAAAAUUAGGCACCCCUGGCGAGCCAUGUUGACCUCAGGACCCGUGUGGGCCAUAGUCAUGGCCCAUUUCAGUGAAAACUGGGGUUUCUACACACUACUAACGUUCCUACCCACGUUUAUGCAAGACGUGUUUAAGUUCGAAACGUCGGCAACGGGCUGGCUGUCCGCGGUGCCGUACCUCGCCAUGGCCAUAGUUCUACAGGUGGCUGGCCACUUAGCGGACUGGGUGCUGACCAAAGGAUUCAUGUCUCGUACUAACGUCAGAAAAUUGUUCAACUGCGGUGCUUUCCUUGCACAGACGAUAUUCAUGGUGGCGGCCUCGUACGCGUCGACGGUCACAGGCUGCCUGGUCUACCUCACCAUCGCUGUUGGGCUAGGAGGCUUCGCUUGGUCAGGAUUCAGCGUAAACCACUUGGACAUAGCUCCGCCACACGCCAGCGUGCUGAUGGGCCUCUCCAACACCGUGGCGACAUUGCCCGGGAUCAUAAGUCCGCCUCUCGCCGGCUCCAUUGUUACUGACAAGACAGCGGAGCAAUGGCGCGUCGUAUUUUUCAUAUCCAGCGCCAUCUAUCUGCUCGGCGCGAUAGUUUAUGGCUUCCUCUGCUCCGCCGAGCGGCAGCCGUGGGUACUAGAGUGCGAAGAACCCAGUUUCGACACAGAUGGCGCCUCCGUCACCACUGCGAAAGGAUAUGACAACAAGGCCAUGGAUCAUAGCGAAAUGUAG